GCAGCGUUGCCAGUGGCAGGCAGUCCUUUCGGUGAAGAGUUUACCGUUCGUUCUCUCGUUGCCGUCAUCGUCGCAGCCGUUGGGGCUGUCUUUUGGUUGCCGUCGCCGUCGUCGUCGCUGCUCCUCUAUUGUCGUUUGUCGCCACAGCCAUAGCCACAACCAUUGCCAUAGCCAAAGCCAUCGCCUCUUCUUGUCCGUUGUUUCGCUAAGGCUCCUCCUGCGAUAAUGGCAAGAAAGAAAUUUGGAACGCGAACGUGAAUGUUUUUUUUUGUGUGUUUUGCAACUUUUGACCCCGUGCGCGCAAUCAGGUCAUAAAAAUUGUUAACUCUAAAAGUAUGAAAUGAGACGAGGAGCUAUGGCCAUGCCUAUGCCCAUGCCCACUCUCUGUUGACUCCGGUUUUGAACUGCACGUGGCACGGAUAGUGUGUGAAAGCUGUGGAGAGAGGGAGACACCGAAAACAAAACAAAGCAAAAACAGUGAAAAAGGAGAAAGAUAGCAACCAAAAACUUUCCGUCCAGCAUUCUUUUUUUAAAUGUACAUAGAAAAGUAUUGAACAAGUGAACCAAAUGCCAGGCUAAGAAGCAUCGGUGGAACCAACAGCAGCAGCGAACCGCAGAGCAGAGUGAGACCUCCACAAAAUUGGCCAUUGGCAGGCCACGGACGGAACACAAAACACGCACACACACAAACAGCCUCACACAUAAAUACACAAGCACACGCACUCACACUUGCAGAAGAAUCAAGCUUAGCCUUUUGCCGCAGUCAUAAAAUAAUCAAGCCGAGGCAGCAGCUAAAUCAAGCCAGAGGAAGAGGACGCGGACGUGGACGUGAACGUGGACAAAGAGGAGGAAGAGGCACUGCAGCAACAGCAGCAGCAUCAUCGUGCUGAUGUUGACGAAACAUCUCCGUUGGGAGGCAUAAAGCAAUUAGUAAAGGUUGAAUCCCCGCACGCACACCAGCACGUUGAACACGUGUGCAUACGUACGCACUGCCACAGAGAGUGAGAGAAAGACAUUGGGAGAGGAGAGUGCGGAGGGGAAGAACAGAAGAACAGAACGGAUCCAGGAUGCGUGGGGGAGUCAAUAGAGACACGCGCCCCCAAAGGAGUAUUUAGCCUAAUCGAGUGAUGCGCAGCACAGAAAUGCAGGGCGCCGCCGCCUUCAGCCUGCCUUAUUGCAGAUGCCAGAGAUGUCCAAGAUAACGGGGAAACAGCAGCAGCAGCAGAGCAAGAAAAAGAAGAGAAGGACAGCAACAACAACAGGAACAACAACAGCAACAAAAAGAACAAGAGGAGAAGGAAGGACACGACACACAAACAGCAGAAAGCGAGAAACGAAAAUCGAACUCUCCCUGUGAUAUAACUUGCACCGUAAUCGUAAAUCUAGCUUGUAGUUCAUCGUUAUUUAUCGAUUAACUAAUUAAUUAAUCUAAGCGCAACACUCUAACCUAAGUACAAGAUUAACCUCACUCCAUACUCGCCUAAAGCACGCCCCAGGAUAAUCUAUUUGCAACUAUACGGAUAAUACUUAUAUUACACUACCGCUGCUGCCCCUCUGCCCAAACCCAAACGGAAACCUAAAACCGAAAACCCAAGCAUUUGGAAUACUUUGCUGCCGCUCUGCUCCGCUGCCGCCGCCGCCGCCAGACCUGCGCCAAUUGAGAAAUUAAAACCAGGCUUUAUUCAAAGCUAAAUCUGAGAAGCUCUCCAUCAAAAGUGGGAGAGAGAGUGAGUGAAAGAGAGACCAAAAUCAAACCUAAACUCCAACAGAAUGGGAGAUGAGGCCGACAAACGUACGGGCAAGGAGAAACUGCUCUUCUACACGACUGCCUUCUUCAUCUUGCUGGGCACGUUCAGCCUGUUCGCGUUCCUCUUUCUGGUGCCGUUCGUCAUCGAGCCGGCCUUCACCACGAUCUUCAUGCAGUUCGAGGAGGUGCCGGCUUUGUGCGAGACCUACGACACGGAGAUCUUCUAUGGCGCCAAGAACUGCUCGUGGUCUUCGUGCCGCGAGGGCUGCACCAAGGACAUCUACACGUGCACCCAGAUACGGGUCAACUAUCGCCUCAAUCUGUACAACUUCACGGACGAGUUCAACUUCACGGAGUACCACAUUAACCUGAAGGAAUCCGAGCGCGUGAUACCGCCCGUGAAGCGCACGGAUCGCUAUGAGCGAGCGUUGCGGGACUACGAAUACGAUAAUCUGGGCGGUGGCAUCGAUGGCACCGGCCUGGACGUCGACAUAGGUGCGGGCGGAAGGCUGGAUCAGUUGAGCUUCGGUGAUGCAGACGGCUCCAAUGGCUUUCUGAUUGAGGACUCGGAUGAUGAGCGGGGUCUGAGUGCCACGGGCACCUUGAUCAACGACGAGCGCCAUCCCUUCGAUGAGAUCUCCGAGCUGAAUGAGGGUCUGAUGGGCAACAGGUCCAUGUACUACUAUGUGGGCGCCCGCCUCUUUCCCAAUGUGAAGGGGUGUGGCUAUCCGCCCAUGCUGAACUGCACCAUCUGGCUGAGGCGGUAUACGAAGAUCGGGAUGAAGUUCCCCUGCUACUACUCAAGGGUGGACCCCAGUCUGGUGAUCAGCGACCUGGACUACUGGCAGAACACCCUCAAUCUGGUGUACUCCAUGGCCAUACCCAUUCCCUCGUUUAUCAUUUCGGUCAUCUACUUGACGUACGCCUACUUCAAGAUCUACAACGAGGACGAGGAGACGGCGCCUCUCGAUAAGAAUGCCGAGGACAUGGACAUUGAUGAUAUCGAUGCCGUCGACGACAGUGACGGCGCCGUCCUGGCCGACAAUGUCGCCGGCAGCCAAAUCAUCAACAUGGACUCCACCACCAAUGACAGUUGUCUGGAGGGUGUCCUGCCCAAUGGUGGUCCCGGCAUGACCACCUCCAUAUCGCAGGGUGGCUCGGUCACCACCCCCGGUCCAUAUAUCGCACAAUCUCCGGCGGGCUCCCAGAUGACGCCCAAUUCGGAGAUGAACUCGUUCGGUCAUCAGUUGAAAGUUCAGAUGGCCGACGAGCUGUCCAGGGAUUCCCUGGAGAACGGUGUGCUCUCAACGUCCAACUCAGUCCAAGGAAACUUGAGCAAGACGAUGACGACGAGUAUCUCAACUCCACCUGGGCCGACAGCGGCAGUCUGAAACGUCAGGCGCAUGGUCUGGAAAAUGUUAGAUUCCGAUUCGGAAAAUGAGCCGCUGCUGGAAUCCUAAAAACAGUAUUGCGGUCACCGUGGAACGAACCACGGGCAAGCAGAAACACAAACAGAAGACGGAGCAGAGUAUUUCCACAAAAAUACAAAAAAAUACAAUCGACAACAACGCAUGUGUUAUGCGACCGAACCUGAAUACCUUCAGAGCUGUUAGAGACAUUUAAAAGAACUAUGAUAGAUUAUAUUUACCGUAUAAACAAACAAAAAUACUUGGACACACAGAAACACACUAGGAACACUCAUCUGAAGUAACUUCGGAUAGGCUUAACGACUCACACACACACACACACAUCCCAUUCAAAAUUGCAAUACAUGCAUUAUGUAGUAUCUGCACAGGAUAUGAUAUCCGAAAUAUUACGAUAUCCGAGGCAUAGAGAGGCAGAGAGAGACGUUUACUAUACGGAGGAGGCCGCUUAACACCAUGACACUCUGUCUGGACAGUGUUACUUUGAUUGGUACAAAAUACAAUAAACAAAACAUAAAACAGCAAAACAGAACUUGGACAUGAGAAGAGAAAAGUACUAUACAUAUACCUAGAGGAAAUUAUAAUACUUAUACAACACAUACAUAUACAUAUACAUAUAUACAAAUAUUUACUUGACUUAUUUUUCUAUUCGCAACAAUCGUGUCGUGUCGUAGUCAUCGUCUCGAAGAAGAACUCCAAUACCCCAACAAUUGCCCAGAAUAUAGCCCCAUAUACCCCCAUACACCUCCCGGUUAUAACCCUAUACCCCCAUCCCAUAUGCUCCAAAAGAGCAAAACAAAACGCGCAACUUAUUUACAAAUCGAUAAAUCGAGGCGCUGAGGUUUUUUAAAUAUUGUAAUGCCAAUUUCAAGUGAACACACACACGAAUACACACACACACACACCCACACACACACACGCAAAAGAGAAAGCAAAAACCAAAAUUAAUGAUGCAUCAUGUAUUUCAUUUAAAUCUUGAUGAUAAACGAAAUGAAAGCAAAAGCAAAAGCAAAUGCAAAAGCAAGUGGAAAAAUGCCUAAAUUUGAAGUAAAUUAAAUUACAUUAAAUUAAAUUAUAAAUCGAAUAAUAAUUGUUAUCCUUCAAAUUAAAAUGCGGAUAAAAACUCACAGCUUUAACUAACUGAAACGGAGGCAUAAGAUUUUUCUUCUACAUAUUUAUUUUUAUUAAGAUUAUUAUAUAAAUGAUAAUAAUGAAUAUUUAUAGGUCCUACAAAUGGUUCAAGCUAUUCAAUUACAAAAACAAACUUACAAAUAAAUAUUGCAUUAAAAUCUUAAUAAUUUAGGUCUGAAAUUAAAUAUAAAGUAAUGUUUCCUUUUUAUAUUAACAAAAACCAAAACCAAAUCAAACAUUUCUAAACUCGAAUGCGAAUAAUCUCAAACAAAAUUCGUAAAUUCGUUGGCUAGGCAUAUAGACGCAUCUGAUUAUGCAUCUGCAUCUGAAUCUGCAUCUGCAUCAUUAACUGCACCUUUGCGUAUAAAUCUAUCAAUGAUAAGCGGCAACAAAAACUACACCAACCAAAAAAAUAGUUUCUUUUUAACGAGACAAUGAGAUAUAUUUGCAUGAGAGAAUGAGAACAAAACACAACCACACAUAGAGAGUAAAACGAAAGCAAAAACCAGCGCAACUAUUAGCUAAUAUCAUGUAAAACAAACAACAAAUAAAAUGCUACUAGAAUUGAAACCAAAUAACAUGAAAAAUCUCGAAAUAAAUACGCAUUUAGCAGCCUAUAAAA